AUGGAUGCAAGAAGGAUGAAGAAAGAAGGACUCACAGAAAACACUGGACUUCCCCGGAAGCUGCUUGAAAAACACGACCCCUGGCCAGCCUAUGUCACCUAUACCUCCCAGACAGUGAAACGACUCAUUGAGAAAAGCAAAACUAGAGAACUGGAAUGCAUGCAUGCCCUUGAAGAAAGCCCCUGGGCAUCUAGGCAGAAUAAACCUUCCAGCGUCAUUCAGCCAAAAAGGAGAAAGUCAUCCAAGUCUUCCGGCAAAGCUGUGUUCAGGGACAUGCUGUCAGAAUCCACGUUAUCAAUGUGGGAUGCUUAUUCGGUCUCGGCCAUGGCUCCUACCGUGAUCCCAGAACCCACACGCUUACAUACGGAUUCCAGAGACUGUCCAGCUGAAAACUAUAACAAGAUCAUCUUUGCCCGAAAGCCUGUGAUGAGGAUGCUCUCUACAGUUCGCUACUGACCAACAAGGAGAAACAUGCAAAUGUUUAGCUAGGGGUCCCUGCAGCCAUCCCCCAAGAACGUACAGCAAUUAAGCUCCAUUUACCACUCAUUUCAUGGUGUCCUUUAAAUCUGAACUUGCUCUUGCUCAUGCAGAGCUUGGUUGAGAGAAACCAGAUUAGAAUGUGAGCUGUAGGUGGGUGGGUGAGUGUGUGCCCUCCCACACUGCUCUCUGGUGGGGUUGGGCAGUCCCCGGCUCUAGUCUCUGCCACAGAUGCUCAGGACCAAAAUGUGGGUGAUUCGUCUGGGUCCAGGCAGGAGAUAGAAAUCACACCAGCUAUUUUAUUAGAGAUAAUAUAAAGGAUGAUUAACCAGGUGACAGUAAAGGGCAGGAAAGGAAUACAAAGGUAUGCAUGGAGGUAGUACCACAGGAAGCAGGCAUCACACUUGAGGCUUGGGAACAAGAGGAAGAUGCUGGACUCAUUGAAAGGUAGUUACUUGGAGAAGGGACACGGGGCUGAAUCUCAGACUUCUGAGGUGGGAGAGUGGGGAUGUUGCUCAACGCAGCUGGUAUCUCUGAGCUCCGAGGGGAGCCCCUGUGGGGAUGAUUCCCCCACCUUUGAAUUGGGGAGCUGUUUUGUUGGUGUCUCUGAGGGGACCCCCACUGAGGCUGCUUUUGUGAGUGUUGGAAAAACCAAAAACUGCAUUGAAACGUUUCUGGGAGGAGUUGCCACUGCCCGGGUGAAGAAAAAGUGCUGCUAAGGUUAGCAACCUGUCUGGCAGGGACAGGAAGCUGAUAGAAAGUGAACAGGAAGCAAACAGGAAGUGAACAAGGAGCCACUUCCUACUUCCUCCUUAUCCUUGCAGAUUCCUGCUAGCGCUCCCGAGGGCAGAGCCUAUCAGGGCACGAAGCCAGAAUGUGGUUUGUAGAAUCCCAGCCCCAGCAUCUCCAAGCAUAGGAUGGAUUUUGAAGCCAAGAGAAAAUUAGCUCUUGGCUGGGUUCUGAGUGAUCCCAUCCAGCUGCUCCUGGACCUGAUAUUGAGAGGUUUUUCCCUUGGAGGGCAAACAAAGUGGCAGUGGGGACCAGGGUGCCCCCUACUGAGAAAUGGAGAGCCCUUUUCCCCUGUAAUUCUCUGAGGUUUGCCUUGUGGAGCCGAGUGCUUGGGGGAGGAGCUCCUGGCAGGACUCCUGCUGUUAUUUGUCAGAGGGCAGCUGGGAUUGGUUCACCCAUGCUCUGAGUUGGCCCCAAAGCGAGCUAUGCUGAACUCUUCUCCAUCUCCAAGUAGACAACCUUUGUCUUUACAUGCAAGAGGGAUCCAGUUAUGACAGGCUGACCCAGUUGGUCUCGUGUUUGGGGUUUAUCUACUGAGUAAGGCUGACCUUACCUGAGUUUCUGUAUGUGCAUUUGCAAGACAGUUAAUACUAAUCCAGCACCCUUCACAGAGAUGUAGUAACUUAUAGAAGUGUCAUUUGGAAAAGUCGAAUUUGCCCUGCAAGGCAUGUUCUCCAUUCAAGGGUCUUGUGUAAACGUUUGCAGACACAGGUGCGGCGUUGGAGAACUCACCUCUGGCUCCUCUGCUUUUGUGUUGGGACAGCUGCCUAAAUUAGGAGCUCUAGACCUGUUCUUGGUUCCCAACUGUUGGUCAGAAUGAAUUUUUUGCAAAAAUAUAGGUGGUUUCCAGGGAAUUUAAAUGAUUGUAUUUUGUGUCCAUGGAACGUUUAUAGACAUGGAGGCAGGUGAUAAAUUUCUCCAGUACUUUUUUU